GCAGCAACGCCACAAAUCAUCUCACUGAUUUCUGCAAUAACCCGAAGAAAGAAGAUUGUCAAACAACAUGUCUGGAAGAGGUAAAACUGGAGGAAAAACCCGCGCCAAGGCUAAGACUCGCAGCUCCCGCGCUGGUCUGCAGUUCCCCGUCGGUCGUGUGCAUCGUCUCCUGCGUAAAGGCAACUACGCUGAGAGGGUAGGUGCUGGUGCCCCUGUUUACUUAGCUGCCGUCCUUGAGUACCUCACCGCUGAGAUCCUCGAAUUGGCGGGAAACGCUGCAAGAGACAACAAGAAGAGUCGUAUCAUUCCUCGCCAUCUUCAGCUGGCCGUCCGUAAUGAUGAGGAGCUGAACAAACUGCUCGGUGGAGUGACUAUCGCCCAGGGAGGUGUUCUCCCCAACAUCCAGGCCGUGCUGCUGCCCAAGAAAACUGGCCAGGCUGUCCCCAGCACCGGCAAAUCGGGAAAGAAGGGUUCUUCCCAGUCCCAGGAGUAUUAAAAACCACGCUGAAUUGAGUCAACUCACCCAAAGGCCCUUUUAAGGGCCGCCCAAUUAUUCUGAAAAGGGCAAAUUCCAUGUGUUUGAAUUGUGGUGGCAGUCUGUAUUGAGGCUUUUUACAUAUUGAAUGUUUUUUUUUUUUUGUUUGUUUGUUUGCUUUUUUGUGGUGUGAGGUAUGAAUAAUUUUACACGUGAUCGACGGGGAGGGGAAAAAAAAGGUGUAACGGUGGUAAUCAAUUUUUUUUUUUUUUUUUUUU